UUGGAUUGUAUGGACACAGGGAGAUUCAAGAAUGUCCAGUCGUUGAAAAUGACAAGUAUGUGUUAUGUACAUGGAAGUAAAUGGGUAGUGUCUGCUAUUUUUAAGUCACUCUCUCACACAUAUUGAAUCCACAAAAUGUGUAUUAGGAGAAACUACUGGGCUUAUGAAUGCAAAUAUGCACAUGUUGUACACAAGUGCAUUGUGGCAAUUGCAAAAUACCUUGACUUGUCUAGAACUUUUCUUUGCUUCGUGCAACACAGAGAUUUCGUUAUCGAGUUUACUAUUUUAUUGCCCAAAUAUCGAAAAGCUGGUGUUCAGCGCAAGGUCAGCAACACUUGCAUCUCUCAUCGGCGAUCUUGAACUUAUGGGAGGGUCACACCGUGCGCUUGUCGACUUGGAUUUGGACACAGGGAUAGCUACUGGUGAAGCACUUGAAGCGAUUCUGAAACGAUGCCCUAAACUACGCCGACUAUCAGUAUUCGGGUGCGAACCAAGUGUCCUUGACGUGAUCCAUGAAGGACGAUGCUGCCCGGACCUGGUGAUCUUUGGUUAUAGCCCAAGUUUUGAAAUUGUGCAACUUAAUGAAUUGGAAGACGAGAGUGUCGGACCCGGAUUACGAGCCCUUUAUACUCCUAAUGGUGGUACUGGUGCGCCCGCUGACAAACUUUUGCCGCUGCUGAAGAAGCAUGCAAAGACGUUGCAAAGAGUUUAUGCAAAUAUGGAGGAGGAAAGCCAGGACUACGAUAACAACCCGUCACUCUUUGAAGAGCCCUUAGGGUUCGAACGACUAAUGAAAUUGACCUACUGGCCCGAGGAACACAUUGAAACGCUCUUCUUACGAUCCCUUGGAAGCAGCCUUGGUUCCGUCACGUUUUUCAGCCCAACAUGCUCGUCUAAUAUACCAGCAUUUACUGAUGUCAUGUUAAAGCUGACCAGUCUACAGGACAUGGAAAUUGCUCGUGCUUCAUCAGAGGAGGGUGAAGACCAUGCUGCCAGUCAGCUAGUGCAAAUGUGCAAGACGUACGCUGCGCUUCCAGAGUCUCAACAAACGAUGCGGAUGCUUCGGUUUUGGUACUGUAGCUGCUUAAAUGACGACGUGCUAAGUGCCAUGACUGAGCUGAAGACGCUUACAACAAUCGAGCUUGCUGGUGAGUCCCGUGUUACAACACAAGGACUUGUUCGCUUUUUCAAGAGGAUGAAUAAGGCUGCCACUGUGAAAAAGGUGUGCUUACAGGAUAUCGAUGCCGUGGACGACUGCGUCCUCAAUGCAAUCGCAAGUAUGAGCCACCUGGAGACGCUCGAGAUGGACGAUAUGUCAACAGUCACAGAUAUUGGUCUUCAGGAUGUAAUAGAUAGUGUAAAGACGCUACGAAACUUGAAAUUAGAGGGAUGUGACACUUUUUCUGAAGAAGCACUCUUAUAUGCAAGAAGCAAGAUAAAACAUUUUGAAAAAUGUUAAAAAAAAGAAUAUCUAGUCUGGAUGGUACAUUUG